GUAUUGGAUAUGCCUGUUCACACAUGCAACGCGCCCCAGACACGGCGCUCCGGUGCGCCACCAGUUUUGAUUUAACGAAGCGGUCGGCGGGGAAAGGAAAGAUGAGAACUCGCUCGUUCUCUCCCCCUCUCUCUCAAUCUUCUCCCUAAGGACUCCUUCUCGAUCCCAACCUUGCCUAAAUUAAAACCACGGCCUCGGGGCCGAGAAAGGAAAGGGGGAGCCCUUCUUAUACCGGGGGAGCCCCCACCGAGUCCCUCCCCAACCAAUCCCUAAUCCGGGUCGCGAGGAUUUCGCUGCAAAGUGAAUACUGAUUUGAUACGUAGCAUGAGCGCGUGGGUGCCGUGGAGGCGAUCUUGGAGGCAGACAAGGGACGAUACCGGUGCAAAGAUGGUUCUGAAUCUUGACCUCAAUGUGCCACCAGCUGAGAGCUGGUUGCCUGAGGGGUCUUCCCGUUCUGCACAUCCUUGUGUCUCGCAGGAAGCUACGGUUCCUGUCCAUCCUCAGCGCUCUCCUCCCACCAGAGAGCAGCAACGGGUGGUGCCCAUACCCGAUCACGGGUUAAUUAGUUCGCCCAUUGAUGUGGAUGCACUUGAAGAUGACGUUGAGAUGCUUUAUUCCUCAAGAGUAUUUCCUCAAACAUGGAACUGGGCCAGGAGGAACCAAUCUGUGAUGGUAGUUCUUGAUGAAGAUCUGGAAUCAGGUCCAUUACAAUCAGGGGUCACUGUUAUGGAACCAGUAACCACAUUACCCCUCAACAUUCACAACAAGCGUGAAAGGCUGCCGACAAAUGGGACUAUCAUUAAUUGUGAUCUUUAUCCUGACUUGGAACAGGAAAAUGAUGCCAAGAGGAGGGCUAUCAUGAAACCUGAUCCGGAGCCAGAAAAGGUGGUACAGAAGGAACCCACCUUCACCUGCCCUAUCUGCCUGAGCCCAUUGGUUGAAGCAUCAACAACUAUUUGCGGUCAUAUUUUCUGUCAAAGCUGCAUCAAGGCCUCCAUUAAGGCCCAGAAGAAGUGCCCUACCUGUAGGAGGAAGCUUACUAUGAAUAACUUUCAUAGGGUUUACCUUCCAUCCACUGACUGAGAUGACUGUGAGUGGGGUACCAUUCAUUUCCGUUAGGGGGCUCCCCUAUUACUCUUUUAACUAGCCCUAGGGCAAUUCUAAAGUCAUUCUUCUGGAUUUAGGCGACUUUUGACUGAUAAAUCUCAACAGUUAAAGUUAAUAUGCAAUGUGAUUACAUAUGGAUUCAAAUUUA